CGAUCGAUUUGCUUUCCUAACUUUAUUCAUUGACUGUUCAAGCCCGCAUCUGCAUUCAUUUUUCUGUCAUUGAAAUUGUCAUCCCUUAGGUGGCAAAGUAAGACCGGAGAAGUACCGUUCGUGAGAAGAGCCAUCCACGUACUGAAUCACCAUCGUGUAGCUCUUCUCAUUCUUUGAAUUGCUGGUUCAGUUGUUCUAUGGAAGAAGGAACUGAGAAAGGCUAUGGGUACGCUGCCGGUGUGGGAGACCAUAUGCUUGACCCAGUAUCAUUAGCUGUCAGUGAAGCAAGGGCCAGAGCUUCUCUCAGAUUCGUUCCAUCGAGAGCCAACUUCAUUAAGAAACUCUAUACGAUGAUUGACGAUCCCAAUAUAGAGCAUCUGAUCCGUUGGUCCAGCAACGGCAAUUACUUCAUUAUACUGGAUGAGGCGGAAUUUUCGAAGUCUAUUUUACCCCGGUAUUUCAAACAUGAUAACUGGGGUAACUUUGUUCGCCAACUCAAUAUGUACGAUUUUCAUAAUGUCAAUCAUCUGCUGUCACGAAGCUCCAGCAAGGGUCCCAAAGACAUCAUACCCGAGGCCGCGUACGCGUUCCAACAUCCAUUAUUCUAUCGCGAUGGACAUGGUGACUCUCAAAAUAUUCGAAGAAAGACUUCGGCAGCUCCUCCUCAGUUGCGACAGAACCGACGGUCUUCUUCUUCGCAAUAUGAACCAACACGGUCCACUUUGCGUCAACGCUUGGAAAACUCCGUCGGAAACAUGAAUCGAGAUUUGGAACGACUAGAAUACUUUGUCAGAAAUGUUCAAAAUGAAAUUUCCACCUUGGAAACCAAUGUCAUCCAGCAACAAGAGAUGAUACUACGAUUAUCGGAAUUGCUUCGCGACAAUAUCAAUGACUUAUCCAAUUUGCGGUCUGAGCUUGGCCGUCAUUAAGUUUUGUUCGACCAAAAGAGAGAACAAAGCCGUCUUUGAAGAGUCCUAUCGUCAGUCUUUGCUUUGGAAACAGCAGAGAAAACAGUUUAUCAAAAAUGUCACUCGUUGAUAUUCACAAAGGAUCGUUAUAUGCGCAAAGGA